UGUAAAUAUCCUCCCAAAGCUGCCGUUCUCCCCCUUCUUCUCUCUGUCUCUCUUUCUCUCUCUCUCUCUCUCUCUCUCUCUCUCCUCCUUUGUUUUUAUUUUCCCCUUCCAUUUUCUCCAGCAAACAGGAGGGCAGCUGUUGAAGAAGGGUAAGUCAGGAAGAACCGUAGCUGACAUGUCUGCAGCCCCCUCUCCCCUCAGCUGUGGCCGUUUGGGACCAGAGGGGGUCCUGAGGGAGAUCCAAACCAACCUCCUGGAGUGUAAAGUGUGUUUUGAGAAGUUCAGCGGGCAGCAGAGGGAGCGCAGGCCUCGGAAUCUCCCCUGCGGCCAUGUGCUCUGUCUGGAGUGCCUAACCUCGCUCUCGCACCCCCUCCUCCGCAAGCUGGAGUGCCCCUUCUGCAGGCAGCUGUGCAGCCUGUCUGACACCUCCGACUGCCUACCCCUGUCUGACCUCUCCGAGCUGCUGCUGUGCGGGAGCCCUAGGCCCGCCAUCCCUCGCCGGGUGAGUGGAGGAGCUAGCUGGGUUGGAGGUUUGGACUCGGGGGCACUGCACCUACACUCUGCCUUUGGGGGCUGGGGAAGCCUGAUCAAUCCCACGGGGGUGACGGUGUUUGGGUCGUCGGGGGCGGUGGCGGUGGUGCACGACGGCGACAAGAGGGUUGUGGUCUUCAGCCCCCAGGGGAGGUGGUUGCACGAGUUUGGGAGAAGAGGUCACGCCGCUGCAGAUAUCUGCCACUCUCUGGAUGUGGCAGUGGCACCCAGCGGGCACAUAGUAGUGACUGACACGGGUGACAGCGCAGUCAAGGUGUUCACUUCCAGGGGGCGCAGUGUGGUGACUGUGCGGGACUCCUUCGAGCUGCCCUGGGGCGUGGACAUAGACAGUCGCGGGCACAUCUUGGUGACGGAUGCCCAGGCGGGCACGCUGUCAGAAGUGGUGGUGGACUUCGUCCGCGGCCUGACGGUGCUGAACCGAGUAGCCUAUGCUGGACUGCAGUGCCCCAGAUCAGUGGCCUGCUGCAGGGUUACUGGGAACAUUGCUGUGGUGGAGCACCUUGGGGGCUUGGCAGACAGAGAAACAGGCUGUGGGUCUACACAGCUUAAGAUAUUCAACAGUGAGCUCACUCUCCUCUCACAGAUAGACAGCUUCGGCCUAAGGCUUGUGUCUCCUGUGAGGCUUUGCAUCUCUGCUGUGGCUUUUGAUAGAGGUGGAGAUGUGAUCGUGGCAGACGUGGGGCUAGGGAUGAUAUGGAGUUUGGGAAACCCAAGGAAUCUCCCUAUCCUAACCCCGCUGGUCAGUCAUGGAUUGGUGCGCCCUAUGGGCCUCAUAGCCACAGCUCAGAACAUACUGAUUGUGCUGGACAGUGGAGACCAUGUAAUAAAAGUGUAUGCAGCCAGUUCAGACAGUACCAUAACCCAGUAAUGACAAUGGCUAAAUACAUGCUUGAAUUCCUUACUGAAAGUUCAAAGUACCACAGUUGAUGGAUUACAAAUUCACUUAGGGAUGCUUUAGGGGGAAAAAAAACUAAGGGGUCAUCACAACUUCUUUCAUCAUACUAA